AACGCAAAGGAGGGCGGAAGCCGGUAUGUUCUGGACUCUGCUGACUAUCAUGGCACACGUUUAACAGAUAUCCAGAUAUAUGCCACCUCAGAAGAACGAAAGCAAAGAAACCGUCAAGCUCAAGCUGCCUUUCGUGAGCGUAGGACCGAAUACAUCAAGCAGCUCGAAACGACUAUUCAGCAACAUGAAGAGACUCUCCAAAACCUUCAACAGAGCCACCGUGCCGCUGCCGACGAAUGCCUAAUGCUACGAUACAAGAAUUCAUUGCUGGAACGAGUCUUACUAGAGAAAGGUAUCGAUGUUCAAGCUGAACUAGCCCUCAAAGGCAGUCCAAAUCUACGGCCACACCGCGUGCCUCCGGUCACUGGUCAGGCAUCGCCAAUGCAGAAGGCAAUGCUCAGUCGACAACAGCAAGCCAGGCAUCGACCUGCCAUGGCUCCCCCUAUUCAGACAGUAAAUUCAUCUUCCCAGAGUGGUGGACAACGCAGUUUCGCAGACUCACCCACAGUACAGCCCACUCCCCCGUCGCAGAACUCGUCCCCUUCGACGGCAAGAUCACCUGGCUUUGCCUUGCAAGGUGGGAUGACCUCACCUGCAACUGAUAUAGCAACUCAGCAACCUCAACAGCAGCAGCAGGGACGGCCGUUGCCACCUUUACAGCACCAUGUAUUUGCGCCGCAGCGUAGAGUCCCAGCAGCAAGAACCUUUCCGAACCAGGCCACCGCCCAAGCGUUUCCCCCACGAGCUCAAGCCAAUCCUACUAUGCAGGAUAAUUAUUAUCCGGCUUCAUUCCAGAAGCAUUAUUCUCAACUCGGCAAGCUGACCCGCCCCCUCUGCAUGUGGAGCUCUGUUCGUCCUAGACUGAUUGCGUGUUACAGAACAGGAGUACGAUGCACAACAAGACAUCAUGGACGAUUUCGACGCAGAAGACGUCGACACGGACAGCUUCAUUCCGAACUUCCGUCUUCCCCCGACCACUGUAGAUUCUGGCAUGCGAAUGGGAAUGCAAGCAUCACCACCCAUGACCACGAGUGCUGCCAGCGAUGGAAGUGGCAAUCUCAUGAUCGAUCCUUAUGACCCAAUGUUGGAUGCAGAUCCUUUCGGACUCACGGCGUCUAUGCACUUUCCGAACCCGUUCACGUAUCCUCCGACGCAACAACGGAGAUAAGACUUAUGAGGAUACCGACACGUUUGCAUUGGGCGGCUGGAGUUUGAAUUUUGAAUCAACCUUGAGGUAUUCAAAAGUUGCAUGCUAGCGAUGGCGUCCGUGUUUUGUUAUUCUUUGACGGAUGAUAGGACACUCUGUCAGCAGAAGGGAAGUUUCGUAGUUGAUACCCAGUUCUACGGCCCCUGGGCCCUCUCAGCCUUAGGUUGAACAUACUUAAUUCACAAUCAAUUGUAUAUUUACUCUG